AUGGUCCACCUCUCAGCUUUCCUCGUCGCCCUGGUGGCGGUAUCUACCACCACUGUGCACGCGGCCCCUGGCCCGCUCACAAAGCGCAUCGCGCAGACCAUCUCCGACUCCACGAAAAAAUGGGAGGCGGCCUGUGACACCGCCGGCGGCGCCCAGCAAUGCAACAGUAUCGCCGUGACCGCGUUCGGCACCCUCCUCGCCGCCGCCGGCCCCUGCGAUCAGCAGGACAAUGCCGACAAGAUGAUCGACCUCGCGAAGCAACUCAACAGCGAUGCCGACAUGAUCAAGUUUGCGCAGAUCUUUGCACAGCAACCGCGCAACACGCCGACCUCGCAGAGCGUUCCGUACUGCCAGACCGCGCCCAAGAACGCCGAGCUGAACGGGCUCUAUCAGUGCCAGUUCGCAGGCGCGAACCCGAAGACGUUCGUCGGCGGCACCGCGGUCGGCGGCGCGGGCACCGUCCCACUCGGCAUGUCCGCUCCGCUGUCCCCCGCGGGCUCGUGCCCCGCCCACCCGGCGGGCCCUAUCGCCGACGGCACUCAGCUCGCCGACCAGGUCUCCUCCUCCGGCGCCGGGUCGAGCGCGGGCUCCUCGAACAGCACUAGCGGUAGUGAUAGCGGAAACUCUACUGACUCGGGCGCGUCCGGAUCGUCUGACGGCUCGGGUGACGAAGACUCGGGCGACGACUCGCAAUGCGGCGACGCCCCUGCCACUGCCCCUGCCACUGCCACUGUCACUGCGACUGUUACUGUUACCGUCACCGCUGGUGGCGCCUCCGCCACGGCCACCGCUGCGCCUACUUCCAACUCGUCCUCCACCGCCUCGAGCGCAAACUCGAGCUUCCUGCUCCAGAACGGCGAGGACGCCCAGGCAUUGAACAAGAAAUUCUCCUCGCUCGACGCAAACUCCACCUGCACCGAGGGCGACCAAGCCUGCAUCGGCACCGCGUUCGCGCAGUGCGUCGGCGGCGCGUUCGUGCAGACGCAGUGCUCGAGCACGCUCGUGUGCGCCGCGCUCCCGCUCGUGAACAAGGCCGGCACCACCAUCGCGUGCACGACGCAGGCCGACGCCGCCUCCCGCAUCGCCGCCACCGGCGCGACGGGCGGCAUCGCCGGCGACAGCUCCUCUGCGGCGUUCUCCUCUUCCCCAGCCUCCUCCGACGCGGGAUCCAGUAGUGCGUCGGCGUCGGCGUCGGCGGCGGGGGCGGGGGCGACGUUCGCGGCGACUUCGGGUUCGGGGUCUGGGUUCCUGCUCCAGAAUGGGAAGGACGCGCAGGCGCUGAACAAGCAGUUCCAGUCUCUGACGGCCGACUCGUCGUGCACUGAUGGUCAAAAUGCGUGCAUCGGCGACGCGUUCGCGCAGUGCGUCGGCGGCGCGUUCGUCCAGUCGCAGUGCGGCAGCGGUCUCACGUGCGCCGCGCUCCCACUCGUCAACUCGGCCGGCACCAGCAUCGCGUGCGUCACACAGGCCGAGGCCGCUUCGCGCAUCGCCGCCACCGGCGCUACGGGCGGCGUUACGGGCAACUGA